UAAAGUAUUUUUAAAAUUGUAUGAUAUAACGUUAUAUAGGCCCAGGUAAGAAAAUAUAAAUGUAUCCCAAUCUAAAGUGCAUUUUACCACAAACAGUUUGAUUUAUAAUAUUUUGACAUGAAGUUAUUUUAACAUGGCAUACGUUUGUUCGGACAUCGUGGGCCACAGCAGUGGCGAAGGGUUCAUAUAAUCAGAUUCCUGCCGGCUUCCCUUUGUGUACAAUUUUUGUAGAGUCCAAUUAUAAUCAGAACGAUUUUCAGACCGCAUCUAUACAUAUUAGUAGCUAUAUGUUGUGUCGGAUUAUCUUCCGCCACUGGGCCACAGGCACUGUAUAGGUAGGUACGCAUACUCUUUGAUGUAGCAGUAGAUUUUCUUUUAUUCAAAGACUUAUAAAAAGAUGACUUGACAUUGAAAUUUAAAACAUCAAUCAAUCAAAGAUAUGAUAAUAUGAUAUUAUUAUUUAUAAUCACAACAAAUUGGAAUUGGAUUAUUAUUUAUUUGAAAGAAAAUUAAAUUAAUUCUGUUAUAACAUUUCUCAUCUCUAUAAUCACUUUAUAUAGCUGAUCUAUAAUUUUAUUUAUGGAUUAUGAUUAUGAGAACCCCGGUUGUCUUCGGAAUUUAUUUCGUUCGUUUGUUUGUGCAACACUGAGCCUGUUGCUGUUCUUUCAUUUUUACACUUAUGUUUGGGGUCCUCCGCAAGAUUCAAAUGGAGACUUAUCCGACAUCAAAUACGUCGUUAUGCAACUCACGCGUGGAUUAUCGGAGGUGAAUCGCAAGCACGAACAGUUGCAAGGGGAAAUGGAACGCAUGUCGGCAGUGAUACCAGCCGCCACCGCUGCUGCUGGACGAGCCAGAGACGCACUGCAACCACCACGCCGCAAUAACCACCAAGCACUUGAUGUUCAUGACUAUGAUCGACAGGUUACGGACUAUGCGCUGGAGUCUGCAGGUGGGAGAGUCGUCGACACCGGCGACACUAUCGAACAUGUGAUUCACGAAUCGCCGGUCGGCUGGGCGCUCCACACUCUGACUGCCUUAGUAUGUCGAGGGUGCCUAGGGGCCAGCGUCAUAAUCCGUCCCGGCACAUUGCCUGGAGAGUGCUGGGCUUUUAGAGGUUCUAAAGGGACCACCAUUCGAUUGUUGGGAACUGUGCAAGUGACUGGCGUUAGUGUAGAGCACAUAUCAGCGCACAUAUCUCCGACCAGGGAAAUAUCAUCAGCGCCUCGACUGUUUCAAAUAGAAGGCUUGGAGUCUCGAGUUGAUCCAUACCCACAUGACUUUGGAACUUUUGAAUACGACAAGGAGGGUAAACCCAUACAAUAUUUUGACGUCUUGCAUCCUUCUACCAAAGGAUAUUAUCUGAUACGAGUGAAAGUGUUAUCGAACUGGGGCCACUCUGUCUACACAUGUUUGUAUAGGUUCAGAGUUCACGGUGAGCUGGUGCCUGGCCAAGCUUCUCAUAAUACUGUCAUGGAUGAGGGUGAUUUGUUUAUAGAAAAAGAAUAAAAAGGUCAAUAUUUACAUUCAGUGUUAUAUUUUAAGAGAUAUA